UGAAGUAGUUCUGAUUGCCAAACUGCAGCAUAGAAACUUGGUUAGACUUCUUGGUUUCUGCAUUCAUGAAGAUGAGAAGUUACUUAUCUAUGAGUUCUUAUCUAACAAAAGCCUGGAUGCUUUCCUUUUUGAUGCUACAAGAAAAUCUUCGCUGCAUUGGCCAACCCGGUUCAAAAUAAUUAAAGGGGUGGCAAGAGGGCUUCUUUAUCUCCACCAAGAUUCAAGACUAACAAUAAUUCAUAGAGAUCUCAAAGCCAGCAAUAUCUUAUUGGACACAGACAUGUGUCCCAAGAUAUCAGAUUUUGGUAUGGCCAGGAUUUUUUGUGCAAGUGAACAAGUAAACACAACACGAGUUGUUGGAACAUAUGGUUACAUGUCUCCUGAAUAUGCUAUGGAAGGCUCAUUCUCUGUCAAGUCUGACACCUAUAGUUUUGGUGUUCUACUACUGGAGAUUGUGAGCGGCUUAAAGAUCAGCUCACCCCACCUCAUAAUGAACUUUCCAAACCUCAUUUCUUAUGCAUGGAGCUUAUGGAGAGAUGGAAAUGCAAGGGAAUUCGUGGACUCAUCGAUUUCAGAGAGUUGUUCACUUCAGGAAGUUAUACGGUGUAUUCACUUAGGUCUUUUGUGUGUCCAAGACCAUCCAAAUGCCAGGCCACUUAUGUCGUCCAUUGUUUUCAUGCUGGAGAAUGAAACAACCCCACUCCCUACCCCAAAGGAACCUCUAUAUUUUACAAUCAGGAAUUACGAAACUGAUAGGUCAAGCGAAUACAUCCAAAGAUCCCUGAAUAAAAUGAGUAUCACAACUCUAGAGGCACGUUAGAGGUUUAGUUUCGUUGUUCCUUUAAUUUUUAUGGUUCUUUGA